GGCGUCUCCCUCCCUUGCUCGCAUCGUUGCAAAGUUUUUCCCCUGCGGCCUGCGGCCUUCCUCCCGACCGCUCGCCCGCUGCCUGCCUGCCUCCCUUCCAGUCUAGGGUUUUUACCUUUCACCUCUCGCCUCCCUCCGUCCGAGCCUUCGCCGUCUCCGCAGUGUGCCCGCGCCGAAAGGGGACAAGGAGGUUUUAGGAGUACGGCUGUGAGAGAGGGGAGAAGGAGAGAUGACGAGGCCCGUGUUCUGUGGCAACUUCGACUUCGACACGCGCCAGUACGACCUGGAGCGCCUCUUCUCCAAGUACGGCCCUAUCCGCCGCAUCGACAUGAAGUCCGGCUAUGCUUUUAUUUACUUUGAAGACGAGCGUGAUGCAGAGGAUGCGAUAAGGCGGCUUGACAACGUGGCAUUUGGUUAUAAUAGGCGCAGGCUCUCUGUAGAAUGGUCAAGGCAAGUUGAACCAGUGCCAAGGAGCCGUGACAGACCUACUGGGGAUGUAAAGCCGACAAGAACUCUCUUUGUUAUCAACUUUGACCCCAUCCGCACUAAAGAUCGAGAUAUUGAGAGGCAUUUUGAACCUUAUGGCAAAAUUACGAAUAUCCGUAUUCGUAGGAAUUUUGCGUUUGUAAAGUAUGAGACACAAGAGGAAGCGACUACCGCUGUCAAGAACACUGAUAAGAGGUGCUAUUACUUUAUAUUGCUGCGCAGCACGAUAUUGGACAGGGUUGUGACAGUUGAAUAUGCCUUCCGGGAUGAUGACAAUGAGAGAGAGGACAGAUAUGGUAACCCCAAGCGAGGUGCUCCUGACAGACGUCGCGGCAACCCAUACAUGCGCUCACCUAGCCCAAGGUACCAAAGGGACUACAGUCCAGAUUACAAUCGACAUGGACGUAACCCUGGGUAUGGUCGGGGUGAUGGAGCUAUGUACAAUAGGAGAAGCCCUGUUUAUGAUCGUUACAACAGGAGCAGAAGCCCUGUUUACGAUCGUUAUGAUAGGAGAAGAAGCCCUGGUUAUGGUCAAUACUAGUUGGCCGAUUCUGAAUCCAGUAAGGAAGUAGUUCCGUGGAAGAAGUGGUUGACAACAUCAUCUUGCUGUGCCAAGUAUUCCCGGAGCUGUCUUUGGCGGCGCAAAAGAGUGAGAGAAUGUAACGUGAUGGUGUAGUUCCUGUUGUUGAUAGGAACGCCUUUUUAUUCAAGAAGAUUGGAUACAUCAAUGGAUGCUUGCCCAUUGCCUCCCUGCUGAUUUCGAGUAUCGUUCGUGGCCCCAUACUGAAAAUGUAAUGGCUCCAACUCUCAGUUCUGAGGUAGUGAUGUGUGUGAACUAGUUUCAGUGGUGAUCUGUAUCUGCAUUCGGCAAUCAGAUAUUUAUGUUUGUUUUGCUGUGCUUGGUGGCA